ACCAGUCAAAUGAAGGGAAAGAACGACAGACCCUGAAACUUGCAAGCUCGAACUUUCCUCAGCCGGUGAUGGUUUCCCUGAGCGGGUCUCAGCGGCCUCCACCCCCUCUCACUUUUCCUAAGCGGCAUCGUUGUUACCAAAUCCGGGGACCAAAUUAAAUAGGGCUUUCAUGUUAAUGCUGUAAACCAUGGCAGAUCAUUCCCUUCUUCGUUCCUACUCGAAUCCUUCGCUUUGCUUUACACCGAGCGGAGUUCUUCCCGAUGCUCAAAGCCCCCCACAACCCCACGACCUCCUUGAUAAUCAGUGCGGGGGUCUCGACAAGGUCCAAAAAGGUCAAGAUGAUCGUCCAUGUUGCAUGCAGUCACGAGCUGAAGAUCCUGAUGUCUUAUUGUGCUUGUUCGCUCACGCUUUCUUCUUGACUUGAUCCUCCCUUUCCUUUAGCCAUUUUUGUAACUAUCACCACCAUGGGGUUAUGGUAUACCUUCGGUAUUGCGCUAUUCGCAGCCAUUGGCACUUUCCUGUUUGGCUUUGAUACGGGUAUUGCGACAACGACGAUCGCACAUCAAAGCUGGAUUGACUACAUGGACCAUCCUUCGAAAGGCCUCACUGGCGCUGUUGUUGCCGUCUACAUCGCCGGUGAAGCUCUAGGUGCUCUGACUCAGACUGCUGUGGGUGAUAGACUUGGUCGUCUUCGAUUCAUGCAAGCUCUUUGUGUGGUUGUGACCAUUGGUACCGUGAUACAAACGGCGAGUGUAAACAUCGGCAUGUUUCUAGCAGGCCGCGUGCUUGCUGGAUAUGCUGUUGGUGGUCUGGUCGGUACAGUUCCCAUUUACCUAUCGGAGAUCUCGUCACCACAGCACAGAGGUCUCAUAGGAGGCAUUUCGGGUUGUGGUAUCGCUUUUGGAACCAUGAUGUCCAACUGGGUAGGCUUCGCCUGUAGCUACGCAUCCUACGGACCAACACAAUGGAGAUUACCUCUAGGCAUGCAAGUUCCAUGGGGAGUAAUCCUAUUCUGCGGCCUUGCGACAUUCAUGCCCGACUCACCUCGUCAACUUUUACGUAUCGGCAAAGUCGACGAUGCUCGCCGAGAGUUCCUCAAGAUACGUCGAGACCUAGACCCACAAUCCGCCUACGAAGAGUUUGCCUUGAUGAGGGCUCAGAUUGAGUAUGAGGUGGAAAGAGAAGUCAAAUCAUAUAAGGAGAUAUUCCGAUUGUUCAGGCACCGUGCCUUGGUAUCAAUCGCUGUCCAAACCAUGACUAGCUUGACAGGCGUAAAUGUCAUUCAGUACUAUCAAACAAUCUUGUACAAAUCACUCGGUAUUGGCCCCAAGCAGAUACUGGCCUUAGCAGGAGUAUACGGUACGAUUGCAUUCCUCUCGAACGCCAUCACAACGGCCUUUCUGACAGAUCAGUGGGGUCGUCGGAAAAUGAUCCUCACUGGACUCGGAGGCAUUGUAAUCGUUGAGAUAUAUGCUGCUGUGAUGCAAAGACAAUUUCAGAACUCGGACAAUCAAGUUGGGAAAGGAUUUGCGAUUCUCGGCAUCUAUCUUUUUGUCGUGACAUACUGUAAGUAAUUUCCGAAGGACACCUGCAGCUGUGGACUAAUCAACCACGUAGAUGCCAUGCUUAAUAGUACGACAUGGCUGUACGGUAAGUGCAUUCAUUGUCCAGAGCAUGUAGCUGUGGUGUGGUCAAG